AACUUGGAGUGAAGGCCACUCUGACAGCAGACAGAUUAACCAUACCAGCAGGGGGCAAUGUGACACUGACCUGUGAUGUGAAGAACUCUGCUGACUUUGAAUAUGACUGGUUCAGAGAACCCCGUUUAAACUCUAAUCAGAAGACCGCAGUAGCUGGUGAAUCAAAGAGAGAACUUGUGACCUCUGAAGGCGGCAUCUACAACUGCAGAGGACGUAUGAAAGGGACAAAUUCAAUCACAGAAGAAAGUGACUCAGUCAUCAUUCAGGAAACUGUUUCCAACAGGAUCGAUGUGAAACUGCAGCACAGCUGGUCUCAGAUAUUCACUGGUGAGACAAUCACUCUCAGAUGUGAGAUUCAGGGAGGUGAAGGAAAGGUGUGGAAAUAUGAAUGGACACUAAACAACACAAACAGCCCUCCAACAUCCAGUGAAUACAGGAUCAGCAGAGUUUCAGUGUCCCACAGUGGAGACUACAGAUGUCGGGGUAGCAGUGACUAUCUCUUAACAGGAUGGAGUGAUGCCUUCACACUGACAGUUUCAUAUAAACCCAGGGCCACACUGACAGCAGGAACAACAAUCAUACCGGUAGGGGGCAGAGUGACACUGAACUGCUCUGUGCAGAGCUCUGAUGGAUGGAAAUAUGAGUGGUUCAGACGAACCCAAAGAACCUCUGAAGGUAAAAUCAGAGAUCAACAAAACAGAGAUAUCAGAGUAUCUCAAGGAGGAAACUACAGCUGCAGAGGAACAAGAGGAAACCCAGUUUACUACACUGAUAUAAGUGAUGUUGUCACCAUUGAGAUAACCUUUUCCAAUAAAGUUGUUGUAAAACAACAACCCAACUGGCCUCAGAUAUUCAGAGGUGAGACGAUCACUCUGACAUGUGAGGUGCAGGAAGGAGGUGAAACCACUGAGUGGGAGUAUGAAUGGAGAGGACCCAGGACACCCACACAGUGGACACACAAUAAUGAUGUGACAUUCAGAGUUUCUGAGUCCAGCAGUGGAGACUACAUGUGUAAGAGUCGACGCAGAGAUGACUCAUAUUCUUCAACAGAGUGGAGUGAAGCCUUCACAGUGUCAGGAUCAAAUAAACCAAAGGCCAAACUGAGAGCUGAUAACACAGCUGUUCCAGUAGGGGGCAGUGUGACCCUGACCUGCUCUGUGAACUCAUCAUCAUCAUCUGGAUGGAAAUACUACUGGUACAGAGAUAAUACCACAGUGGAUGUUGUCUCCCCAUCAAAUGGAGAAAUCAGUGUCUCACAGGAAGGACUCUACAGGUGCAGAGGAGGAAGAGGAAACCCAGUUUACUACACAGAGGACAGUCAGGAAGUUCACAUUAACACAACUGAGAAGCAUCAUAAACCAGAGCAGAGUGCUGUUUACUCUGAGGUGCAGACGGGAGCUGCAGAGGACAGUCUGAUGUAUGCUGAGGUCAAACAGCCCAAAAAAGAAAAAGCCAAGAAAAGCAAAGUUUCCAACAGGAUCGAUGUGAAACUGCAGCACAGCUGGUCUCAGAUAUUCACUGGUGAGACAAUCACUCUCAGAUGUGAGAUUCAGGGAGGUGAAGGAAAGGUGUGGAAAUAUGAAUGGACACUAAACAACACAAACAGCCCUCCAACAUCCAGUGAAUACAGGAUCAGCAGAGUUUCAGUGUCCCACAGUGGAGACUACAGAUGUCGGGGUAGCAGUGACUAUCUCUUAACAGGAUGGAGUGAUGCCUUCACACUGACAGUUUCAUAUAAACCCAGGGCCACACUGACAGCAGGAACAACAAUCAUACCGGUAGGGGGCAGAGUGACACUGAACUGCUCUGUGCAGAGCUCUGAUGGAUGGAAAUAUGAGUGGUUCAGACGAACCCAAAGAACAUAUGAAGGUAAAAUCAGAGAUCAACAAAACAGAGAUAUCAGAGUAUCUCAAGGAGGAAUCUACAGCUGCAGAGGAACAAGAGGAAACCCAGUUUACUACACUGAUAUAAGUGAUGUUGUCACCAUUGAGAUAACCUUUUCCAAUAAAGUUGUUGUAAAACAACAACCCAACUGGCCUCAGAUAUUCAGAGGUGAGACGAUCACUCUGACAUGUGAGGUGCAGGAAGGAGGUGAAACCACUGAGUGGGAGUAUGAAUGGAGAGGACCCAGCACACCCACACAGUGGACACACAAUAAUGAUGUGACAUUCAGAGUUUCUGAGUCCAGCAGUGGAGACUACAUGUGUAAGAGUCGACGCAGAGAUGACUCAUAUUCUUCAACAGAGUGGAGUGAAGCCUUCACAUUGUCAGGAUCAAGUAAGUCAUGUUUGUUGUGUGAUCUCCAUUUGACAAAUGUCAUAAUGGCCAAACUGAGAGCUGAUAACACAGCUGUUCCAGUAGGGGGCAGUGUGACCCUGACCUGCUCUGUGAACCCAUCAUCAUCAUCAGGAUGGAAAUACUACUGGUACAGAGAUAAUACCACAGUGGAUGUUGUCUCCCCAUCAAAUGGAGAAAUCAGUGUCUCACAGGAAGGACUCUACAGGUGCAGAGGAGGAAGAGGAAACCCAGUUUACUACACAGAGGACAGCCAAGAAGUUCAGAUUAACACAACUGAACCCUGUUGUAACAGUCUCACUCAGUCUCAGAGCACCAAUCAAAGCUCUGCUUCACAACAAACAUCCAACCAGAAUGAAACUCAGAUUUACUCCUCUCUUCUUCAUUGUGAGACUAGAAAUUCUUACUUUUCUCUUUAUUACAGUUUUUAA